AAAAAGAAAAUGAAGAUGUUAAAAUAUCUAGAAUCGAUGCUUUUCGGAGAGCCCAUACCAAGAAGAAUGGUGAACCUGUAACCCAAUGACAUAUGAUAUUUUUGGUUCAUUGAAUGAGAUUCUCCAUGAAGACCCAAAAUCUGGAACUACAGACAACGCUGAUGAGGAUGCCUUGACAAAAUUGUUUGGUAACCCAAAAUCUGGUCGUUUAAUCGGACACGGAAGAGGCGUAACAAGGUCGAAGGUUUGUGGUAAAGUUACACCAAGCAAAGGACAGUCUCGCAAUGUACCGCAGUCAAACAAUAUUCAGUCCCCUAAGAGUAUUGCACUAGAAAAAAGACAUAACUUUACAGAAGGGAAGAAUGCUUGCUACUUGCUUGACUGGGCAGAUGUAAUUGUUGUUGAAGGUCAUUGGGAUUCUAGUGAUCCAAAGAUAAUUGUACAUGGAAAGCCUCUUGGACCAGACUUUAUGCGAGUAUGGGUUGAUGUUGAUAUUGUACCAGAAUCUUACUUAUUUCAUCCUAAUAAUGCGAUGCUUACAAUACAAGAAGCAGUUGGUUCCACAGUUGCAUGACCUUCUAAAAAAGUUAUUCCAAGAGAUGUGACAAGCAAAAUAGAAAAAGAUACUUAAUUUUGAAGGCUUUGUGUUGGGCAGCUAUAGAAUAUUUUGUGUUGAAAGUAGUAACUAUCAAAAUAUUGAAUAUUUAAGACUACUUGAAUACUUAAAGAACAUUUUGUUGUUGAUGACAGUGUUGAAUGUUUUAAACUAAUUUGUGGAUUGUUAAUA